AUGAAGUCGCCUGCCGCCUUCGUCUUGGCCAUUUCGGCCCUGGCCUCAGCCCAAGUCAUCUACAACGCAACCACGAACGAAUACAUCUGCUCACGUCCCAACGCCCAAUGGUGCGCCGGUGACUCGUUCGACACUGAUAUAAUCAUCCGUUGUGACGCCCAGGGCCGCGGCCAACCCGGUCGCUGUACGAACAACCUCGCCGGGUACUUCCCGCUCGGCGUCAACCCUUCCUUGUGCUGGCAGAGCACCCUGGAGGCCGGAGACGCCGCCUGCGAAAAGAACUGCAUUGUCUACACCAAUCCGCCUUUCCUCCUUCCUCCCAACAUCUGCACCCCAUAUGCCACACCUACGGGCUCUCAGACUAUUGGCACCGCCAGGCCUCCCCCCUCGGGAACCGGCGUAGGCGUGGCUACUGGCGCGAGUUUUUUUACUGGCGGGGGCGUACUUACUGUCGGAGGCGUGGUUGCUAGCAGCGGAAGCACCAACACGACGACGACCGCUACCGGUUCCUCUACCUCAGUUUACACGACUUACCGCCCUAUAGGUACUGGCACCGGUGGCAUAGUCGCCGGCGCGCCUCUCAACGGGACUAUCGCGAUUACCCGAGUUUCUGGCACCGGCGCCAUCAGUGGCGGUACACUUGUGAACGGGACCGUUGUGCUAUUGCCCACGAGGACUCGAGUUGUAAGCGCCGGGAACCCUUCCAGCAGCGCUGGAAACCCUUCCAACAACAACCCGGGUCAGGGUGACGAUGAUGCGACCCCUGGCCAACCCAACCAGCCGGCACAGUCCGGAGACUCUGCUGGAAAUCGCACUCCCAUUCCGCCUUCCAGCACUCCUACUGGCCCUUCCAUCCUUCCAACCGCCGGUGCUUCGCGGAUCAUGGUGAGCUACAUUGCCGUCAUCGGUAUCUUGGCCGUGUACUUCCUGUGA